ACGGGCGGCUUUGGCGCGCCAGGACCGGCACCGGGACCCCACCGCCGCCGCCAUGGCACAGCUCCGCCUCACCGACUUCUACGGCCGCACGAAAGCGGCCACCGUAGCCCCAGGCAAGCGUGGCGGUGACCGCCGCCUGAAAGCCGCGCUCGCCGCUCCCGCCGUGCAGCGAGAGGCGGGGGGUGAUGGCCCGGCGGGGCUGCUUAGCUCGCCGCGCACCCCGUGCCGUGAUGGCUCCCCGGCGGUACCGGGGCUGGCGGGAAGGAAGCGGAACCGCCGGGAGAUGGAAGCGGAAUCGCCGACCGGGGCCCGGUUCGGGGAGCCGAGCGGGAAAUCGGCGCGGAAGAGACUGGAGCUGAACGGGGAUGCGGAACCGGAGCCGCCGCUCGCGGCCACCAGUCCCUCACCUCCGGCCAUUGCUCCGCCCCCGACGAUGCCGUCGUUGGACCUGGCAGCGAGCCCACCGGGCAGCAGCUCCCGCUCCCCGGGCCGGGGGCAGGACCGGGGGACACAGCCCGGGACAGCCCCCCAGGAGACACCCAGGCGCCUGCAGCGGGAGGACGUGGCCGGGCUGCGGAGCCGCCUGCAGAAGGUGAAAGCGCUGGCCCAGCUGGCCCAGUUGCCCCCCGUGUCCCCUGGGGCCAGCAGCGAGCUGCGGCGCCGUCUGCAGCGAGUGCAGCAGCUGGAGCAGCGCAUCCGAGAGAAGAAGGCGGCAAGUGGAGCCGCACCAGGGGAGCAGCUACCCGGGGACAGCAGGGAGGCAGCUCCUGGAGAGGCAGCGAGUGCGGCAGAGGCUGGCAGCACCAAGGCUCCCGCGUACCAGCGGUUCCACACGCUCGCUCAGGACCUGCCCCCGGGGCUCACGCUGCCCUACAAGUUCAAGGUGCUGGCGGAGAUGUUCCGCAGCCUGGACACCAUCGCCGGGAUGCUCUUCAACCGCGCCGAGACCAUCACCUUCGCCAAGGUCAAGCAGGGGGUGCAGGACAUGAUGCGCAAGCAGUUUGCGGAGCGGCACCUGGGGCAGAUCACGGCCGUGUUCCCCACCUCGUACAGGCUGCGCCAGGAGAAGAACGUCCCCACCUUUGGUGACGGUGUGAAGAAGUCUGAGUAUCAGCUGACGCUGGAGCCCGUGCUGGGGGAAGAGGAGAAGGUGGAUGGCCGCCCACACUUGUCGGCGUCGCGGUUGCUGGCGCGCAGGAAGGAGUUCAACCGCAACCUGGUCAACAUCGUCAAACAGCACCACAAGGCGUUCCUGGCUGCCCUCAGCCCUCCCAUGGAGGUGCCUGAGGAGAAGCUGACCCGCUGGCAUCCCCGCUUCAACGUGGACGAGGUGCCAGACAUCAUCCCGGCAGAGCUGCCGCGGCCACCCCAGGAGGACAGGCUCAGCACGGCCCAGGAGGUGCUGAGCAAGGCUCGGGGCAUGCUGACCCCCAAGAUGGAAAAAGCUCUUGCCAACCUGGCCUCCAGAAGCGCCGAGACCAGUGCGGGGGAACCGGUGGUUUCCAAAGCAGCGUCCCCUGCCAGCACCUCCCCUGCUCUCAAAGGGGUGUCCCAGGCGCUGCUCGACAGGAUCCGUGCGAAGGAGGCUCAGAAGCUGCAGGCGCUGCUGACGCGGGGCCGGGGGCAGGAGGAGCGGGUGGCCAUGCUGAGCCGCCUGCCCGCCAUGGCCCGCGCCCUGCGCAGCCUCUUCGUGGCCGAGAGGAAGCCGGCGCUGCCCAUGGAGGUGGCCUGUGCCCGCAUGGCCGACAGCUGCGACGCCCACAUGGCUCCGGGUGAGAUGGAGAAACACUUGCGCCUCUUCGCCAAGCUGCUGCCCGACUGGGUGAGCACCCACAGCGCCAGGUCCGACACCUACAUCAAACUGGACAAGGACAAGGACCUCGGCCUCGUCAUGGACCGGCUCACCAAGGCAGCCAAGGAGGCAGAAGCCCUCUGAGCCCACUCAAGGGUUGAGGUUUGCCCCGGGCAAUGUCUUCUCCAUGUAACAAUCCCCCUCCUCGCUCUGGGAUCUGUGGGCUGAUGGGAGCCUCACCUCAGCAGUGCCUGAGGGACAGCAACAUGCCUUAACUUAAUUAGUUCCUCUGCCAGAGUCCAAGAAGUCUGUAAUCCCCUAAACCUUGAGCAGUCCUGUAUCCUGGGGUGAAGAGUAACCUCCUCUCAGCUUUGCUGUGUUCUCCAGGAGCUUUGAAGCAAGUUGGAGGCUCCUCUGGGAGUUUUGAAGCAGGUGGGAGGCUCCUCUGGGAGUUUUGAAGCAGGUGGGAGGCUCCUCUGGGAGUUUUGAAGCAGGUGGGAGGCUCCUCUGGGAGUUUUGAAGCAGGUGGGAGGCUCCUCUGGGAGUUUUGAAGCAGGUUGGAGGUUUCUCCAGGAGUUUUGAAGCAGGUUGGAGGUUUCUCCAGGAGUUUUGGAGCAGGUUGGAGGCUUCUUCCAUGGAGCUGGGCCCUGCUGGGGUGGAGGCAGGGCGGGAGGGUGACGGGCAGGAAGGAGUGAGAGAAGAAGUCACAAAGUUGAUGUUUUUUUUGAGCUCUGGACCUUGUUCUGUUUUUAAAGGAGGGAAGCGCGUCUCCAGCACUCUCUGGAAACA